UCCUCCCAGCUCAAAGAUGGCAGCCAUGGCACACAGAUGAGAGACGACACGAAUUUAGGAGUUUUGUCAUGAAACCACAUUGGAGUAUACAGCUGUUACAUGCAUGGCUUUAAAAUGACAGUGAUAUAAAUUGUCACUGCCGAUGUGUUCUUUGACUAAAUCAAUUUAAGGAAUUAGAAACAUCAUGUUUUUCUGUGUGCUAAGCUAGCAAGCUACGUUUAGCAAAUACAUGAGCUUGCCUCUUCUAGCAAACAAGAAGAAAGCAGCUGCUCUGUAUACCGUGUGUUGACCCUUUGCAAGCUCAAUUUCAUCAUGGCCAUCACUCAGUUCCGCCUUUUCAAGAUCUGCACGUGUCUAUCCACCAUCCUUUCCUUCUUUAAAAGGUUGAUAUGCAGGAGCGGAAGGGGUCGUAAGCUCAGCGGUGAUCAAAUAACUCUCCCGACAACAGUGGAUUUCUCAUCCUCUGUACCAAAACAGCCAGAGAUCGAAGAAUGGAGCUCUUGGGAUGAAGAGGCUCCCACAAGCAUUAAGAUUGAAGGUGGCAACGGAAACGUUUCCCCUACAGGGAACGAGAUGGACCAAGAGCCCGACUACUUCAAAGACAUGACCCCCACCAUCAGGAAAACACAGAAGAUAGUGCUGAAGAAAAGGGAGCCGUUAAACUACCUGGUACCCGACGGCUCAGCAGGUUUCUCCAGCAGACUGGCAGCCUCUCAGGAUAUGAUGUCCUUCAAUCCACCUUCAGCUGAGCUGGGAGAAAUGGAUACCUGGCAGGAGAACUCCAACGCCUGGGAGGACGAGUCGGAAGCUGCGUGGGAGGCAGAGGUGGUGCUCAGACAACAGAAGAUGGCUGAGAGAGAAAAGAGGUCAAUGGAGCAGCAAAGGAAGAAGAUGGAGAAAGAUGUUCAGAGGCUCACGAAGAAGGAGCAGAAGAUUGCCGUCAAGCUUUCGUAACAUUUUCAGAGAUGCUCUUUUUUUGAGCCAAAGGAAUGGGAGGGGGGCAAGGACACUGAAUCAAUCGUCGUCUUUGAAGUCAACAUACCAAACAGGAUUUCCACCCUUCACUACUUAUCUGUCAGAAAUCUGUCCUACUUCCCCCCGUUUCCACCAGCAGCCAUUUUAGUCUGUUUUCCAGCUGUUGCAGUCUGAAAUGCAUCAUUGUCGAGGCCAGACAAUGCUCUUGGUCUACUCGCUAUUUAUGUGGCGGGGUCAUUGUGCUCUUUGAGGGGGCUGUAUUUUCGGGAUACAGGUAAGCUGAGGUUAAACGUCAGAUGUGGCAUUAGAGGGUACCAUUUAGAUUAAGAUUGGGUCUGUUGGGUAGCGAGGAACAAAAAAAAUGUUGUUUCUUUCCCAGGAACAUUUGUAAAUAAAUAGGUACCAACCUUUUUGAAACCCUAUAAGGGAGUACAUUUCCCUUCUCUGUCUUAUUUAUAAGGAGUUUAAUUUCAAGCAUCACUGUCCACCAGUGACAUCCUUUGGUUUGCUUGAUUGUUGUGCUUUUAUAUUCAUUGUCUAAAAACUAUGUUUUCUUCCCUCUCUAAUGAAUAAUGCUUGAUAUUUUACACUAGCCCCCUGUCCUGUGCAACCCUUCAUACACUGUAAACCUCUUAUAAAAUGAAUGCUGACGAUUUUAAUUAUGAGUAAGGAUGAAUGACCAUAGACUAGAAUCUAGCCCAACUGUGAGUGUUAGCUGUGGGUUCCUAUGGUAAUCACAUGGCUAUUGAUCUGCCAUUCAUUCUCCUCCUCUGUCAGCUUGUGACAUUGAAGGAACAACUUCAGUUAUCAGGGCUUUCAUUUUUUUAAUGAUUUUUUUUUUUUAAAGGGAAUGGUGAUAUUGCUUUGCUCCUUAACGGUUGUUAGUCUCACUGCAUACGCACUGUCUUUCUAAAACACGGAUGCCUAUCACAGUGUCAUCUCCAACCAGUUACUGUGCUCGAUAAGAUGAAAUGGGCUUUGACUGAGCAUCCCAUAAUGCAUUAUGAUGAAUUCACCAAUCAGUGUUGGAAAAAUAUCUGCACCGUUUCUAAUAGGCAAGCUGUUGUCAUGGAAACAUGAGGUGAAAAAGGAUUUUCUUUUUUAUGAAUUGAAAUCUACAGACGGGACACACAUAUCUCUGUUGUGUUACCUCAUCGAUGAGUCCUUUAUCAGGUAACCAAAAGUACAUUUUUUGCAAGCUAAUUGUUUGGUUGUUAUCGAGGAAUGAAAUGAUAACAUACUCUGUUCAAAUUAAAAUGAUGAAAUAUCAGCUUUAAUUGAAAUGCAUGUGUAUUUUUUAAGGUAAUGUUUGCCAAACUUUAAUUUGUGUUUCAUUGAGUAAAGCUAUAAGUUGUUCUGCUUUGAAAUUUUCCCAAUGAGUCAGAGAAUCCCUUGUUUCUAUUUUAUUUCUUGUUCACGUGUAAGACUUAAAAUAAUUGUCACGAUUAAGCAAAAACAAGGUACAGAAACUAAAUUUAUCCAGAAGGAUUUAGCAGAUUGUAAUACUUGCUGUAUUGGUCCAAACAAAGGUUUUUAAUAAACUGAUUUGAGUCAUACCCCUUA